AUGGCAUCAAACACCAGCUAUGAUGAGGAUAAGGAGAAUUGGAGGGAAAGAGCUGAGGUGGUCACCAAGCUGUCGCAUCAUGCUUACCUGGAGUAUGCGUCUGAGGUGAUAGAGGAAGCUGUCAGGAACGUCACAGUGCUCAGGAACAAGACCAAUAUACCACAGAGCUCUGUGACUCUGGGCACUCCUCAGCUCAACAAACUGAAACUAGCUCAUCUCAUGCGAAAUCCUGGCAUAAUGGCAAGCCCAAGUGUGACUGACAACUCCUUCUCUUCAUGCUUGUCAUCUUCACUUGCAUCUCCAGUUGCCAACAGAAGUUCUACUUUCAACGAUUCUCUGCUUAGCAGCUUUGAGAAGAUGCACUUGGAUGAGACAGUAAUUCUCAAUGAUCCAACACAGCAAGUCUCUACUCCUACGCAUGAAGUGGUUACUGAAGAAGAUUUCAACAGAUCUCUAACUUCAGAUCGUACUGACAAAGAAUGUCUUCCUAACUUUGUGAAGUGGCGCAACCGUCUGAAGUGGCAGUGCCGUCUGAAGUGGCAGUGCCGUCUGAAGUGGCAGUGCCGUCUGAAGUGGCAGUGCCGUCUGAAGUGGCAGUGCCCCGCCGAAGUUGAGAAGCUCCCGGACGCCGAAGUUGAGAAGCUCCCAGCCGCCGAAGUUGAGAAGCUCCCUGCCGCCGAAGUUGAGAAGCUCCCAGCUGCCGAAGUUGAGAAGCUCCCUGCCGCCGAAGUUGAGAAGCUCCCGGACGCCGAAAUUGAGAAGCUCCCUACAGCCAAAGUUGAGAAGCUCCUAGCCGCCGAAGUUGAGAAGCUCCCUACAGCCGAAGUUGAGAAGCUCCCAGCCGCCGAAGUUGAGAAGCUCCCAGCCGCCGAAGUUGAGAAGCUCCCAGCCGCCGAAGUUGAGAAGCUCCCAGCCGCCGAAGUUGAGAAGCUCCCUGCCGCCGAAGUUGAGAAGCUCCCUGCCGCCGAAGUUGAGAAACUUCCUGCCGCCGUAUUUGAUCAGGCUUGUGCUGAAGUCACACUGCCUGCAACUGAGGAACAUUCUACUGAAGAGCCAACUGAAGCAAAUAAUCUAUCAGCAAAUGUUGAAGUACUGAAAUUAGGUUCAGAAAUUGAAUGGCAAUUUGCAACCGAUCACAAAAAGUCAGGAUCUAUUCCUUGCAGUCAUUCAUCAUCAGAAGAUUAUCAAGCUAGUGGAGGAACUAAAUAUACCGGUACAGCGGUUUUAUCUCCAGUUCAAGCCACGGUCAAGCCAAAAGUUUCAGAUGAACGUAAAUCCCUCUCAAGUAAUACCAUUACCUCCAAUUCGGAUUCUUUUGUCGACACAAAUUGUAACAGGUCACAAAUGGGUAAUGAAUCUAUUCUGUCGGGCAAAGGCAAUUAUUCUGUUGCUGAUGCUACAUUAUGUGAGCUAGAGAACGAGCUUAAAUCUGCACUGUUUAAUAGAAGAGAUAAAACCUUGAAAUCUUUUGAUGAUACAAUUACAGUUGGAGAAGACGUUUCUCUCUCAAUUCCAGAAAAUACUGUGUAUAAAUCGCCACCACUUCCUGCUAUUGCAUCAGCUAAAAGCGUGAUGAAUGAGUUUCGAAACUCGGCAAAGAAAGAAAAUCAGGGUCUGGAAAGCUCAAUGUCUCACAAUGCUGGUUUAAAGGAAGUUGAUCUUGACCUCCCUGGUGACACAAGCUGUUGCAGUGAAGUGUUCCAAACGCCCACAGGGCCUGGUAAGCCUAAAUAUGGCAAAAAACUGAUGAAGAACGACGAUAAAGUUUGCUCAGAUUCGCCUUCCUUCCAAGCCAGUCUCACAAAGAAGAGCAUCAUCUCUAACUCUCCCGUUGUGCUGGGCAACUUUGCGAAGUCUGGCAGUCUUGACGAGUUCACUUCGACACGUGACGACUUCAGCUCAGAACUGACGCAGGUGUUAAUGAAGGAGGAGGAGCGGUGCCACAGCGCCGGCAAAACUGCCUCUGCACGGAUGCGGCAGUCGAUGACAAGUUUGGAGUUCGAUGAGAUAACUAACAGUGCCUUAGCCCUGGUCCGGCAAGUCACUCCUGACCGUGUGGGCAGCAGCCGCCGCUUCACUGCUGCCAAAACCCCAACAUCCAACAGUAGUGAUUCUCCCUCCACUCCCCUUACUUUUACUGACGCAUCUAAGUUUUUCAACAACCCUCAAGAAUUGGAUGAGCUGGAAUGCCACGGCAGUCAGUCGUCCUACAAGUAUAACCUCAUCCGCAACUCUCUCUACGUCAAGUUUGACCCUCUAGUGGCCGGCCGGCCAUCUCUGGCGCCUCUUCUUCAUCAGAACAGGCUCCUGGAAGAGCAAAGUGAUGACGAAACGAAUGCACGACGCACAAGCGGCCUCAUCUCCUUCAGCCCCUCCCCCCAGAAAGCUGGUGACACGACGCAGAAUCUGCUGGACGUGUCAGUGCUGGACAGCACCGUGUUGGCCUCCCAGGGCGCCGCUGUGCCGGGUGCUGCUCAGCAAUCUUUGCUCAGAGAAGACCAGACGCUCACGACCUGCUGCCGCUGCAGCACCGACGAGAACUGGGUCCCCGAGACUGAACUUAAGAACCUAGAACUCGCAUUGGAGGCCAAACACCUGCGGAGCCUGCAGCAGUGCGAGAAGCAGGUGGCGGACUACAAGAAACGUCUCGAACAAGAGUCCAUUGCUUGCCUCGACCUGCAGGAGAAUAAGGCCAUGCUUGAAGCCACACUGCGGCAGCUGCAAAAGAUGAUGCUGCAGAUCGUCGAACAGAAAAAAUUACUUGAGACUGAACACGAGGAGCAGUUGAACCAGCAACGCAAGACCCUCACUGGUGAAGUGGAAGCAGCCAAGAAAGAUACAGAGAAAUUGCAAGUUGAAUACCAAACUCUUGAGGCCAAUUACUUCGACCUUGUACAGAAGUAUCAACGCCUGCGCGAAGCAACCGCCACGCUGCGUGAGAACGAGACGCAGCUCAAAACUCGCGUCGAGGAACUGCACACCAAACUUCGCAAUAAGAAUGAGCAAGUCAAGGAGCUGCUCGUCGUCAUCGAGGGAAAGUUCAAAAAGGCUGAGGAAGAAGCUGCCGAGGAGCGACAGAAGCACGAGCAAGAGAAGCACAAGAUGGUGGUGCUGCUGAAGCGCGCUGAGCUGCGCAUCACCUCGCUGCAGGACGCUCUUACCCAGCAGCAAACUGAGAACAAGCAGCUGCAUGGCCUGCUAGACCAGCUUGCAAACGCUAAAACCUGAAUUUAAGCCCGCAAGGCAAACUUCCGAAGGCCUAUCUGUUGAAGUUCUGCUUCCAGUCGUCUUUCCUUGUCGUUUUACGGUUUUUCUUACUUGGUAAAGCAUCUUACUUACUUCUUAUUUCAAGAUAAACUUUAUGGUGUCCGUUCUUAUAUGUGUAGUUAUAAGGUAGAAACCCAAAUAAACUUUGGUUCUGAUAGGAGGGUUUUGCAGCAAAUAUUUUAUGUUGCAUUUAUCAUAUACGUAACUUUAGCAGCAAGUGGAAGAGUAUUAUAACUAAUUUGUGGGCAAUGAUCGCACUUACACAGGAACUUUAGUCAUUCUUGUCUCCUGGGCUAUUUUAGGCUUAGGAUCAGACUUGGGUUUUUAAAGCUUUUUUUCACUGUCAAUGAGAUUUAAGAACUCGAGCUAUCGGGGAAAAUUUGAAGCUAGAAUGUAGUUGCAGUAAUACACAUGGAAAAUGACUCUUAUUCAAGAAACGGGUGAGCCAAGGCCGAGUAGGCAACUGUGCUGAAAUUCUUUGUGCUUUGACUGACGCUACAGCUUCAUAGCUGUUCAUGACGUCUGAAUGCUAUCAUACUGAAAUUUGUUGACGUUUGAUGCAUUUGCUCCCACUCUUCCUAUCGUCUGUGAAUUCGUUCAAGGUUAGUCAAAUAUCAGAAUUGUAUAUAAUAUGCAUACUAUUACUCAGUAAAUCUUCCAGUUCUUGAUUGAAGUGCACAUUUUAUAUGAAAUAGGUUAGCAACUGAGAUAAAAAAAACUAAUAAAGUACAGUUAAAAACACGGUAAGACUUAUUUUUAUCGGAA